AUGAAUAAAAAAAUUUUUAUGCCUCUUGACCCAGAGAUGGAAAUUGUAAAAGAGAUAUAGGGUUUUCGAGAAAAUAGGUUUGGAAGAAAGAUGUAUCCAGAGAGAAACGUUCAUUAUAUUGCUGCCUCUACUCCAAAUUCAAAUUUGACGCCAAUUCGGUCAAGAUUUAAUUAUCUUUAUGAAGAACCAAAGUUUUUGCCCCAAUUGCAAGAUAUAGAAAUUGCCCGAGGAUGGCGCUAAGAUAGCGCCAUCCUCGGGCAAUUAUUAUAAUGAGACAGGAAGCUGAAUAUCAAAUUCCUAUUUUGGGAGUAAAUCUGUAUAUGAAAAGAAUGAAAAUCAGUUAAAUAAUAUUAGGGAGGAAGCUAGUCCUACUGGAUUAAAACCUGUUAGAAAGAUUAGAAUUAUCAGAAGCAAUAACAAUAUGCCAACAAUAAAUAAUAACAAGCUAUCAAGAAUAGACAGCAGUUCAAAUUUCACAAAUAAUUCACAAAAUGAUAAGAGCCUUCAAGCUUCAAGUAAUAAUGAGCCAUUUGCAACACAUUCAAAUGGCUUCAAAAUAAACGCAAAAGAUUCUGCAUCACUAAGCCCUUCUCGGUUCAGACGUGACGUUUCUAAACAGAUUUUAAAGCAUCAGGAAAAUCAUCGUUAUGAUAUUAAUAUGCUAAACUCGAAACUUGAUUACUCAUCUGCUUCAAGCAAAACACCGACACGUGAUAGGUCUCCUUUUCACAAUGCAGCUAAAAAUCUUAUCACUAAAGAAUUAUUUGGUUAA